ACGGCCGUGGCGCCCGUGGGAUGCAGGGAUCGCGACCCCGGGGCCGCUGAGCCUGCGCCCAGUGCCUCGAGCCUCGCGCCGAGCAGAGUCCGCGCCGAGCAGCAGCCACCCAUCCCGGGGCCCCGCCUGGGGCUCCAGCAGCCUCCCCACAGGCAGCCUGAGGACAGCCUGGGCCCCAGAAGCAGGAUGAGAAGAUGGCAGACUUCCUGUUACCUCGGGGCACCGGCACCUUCCACAGGUUCACCCGAGAGUCUCUGGCGGCCAUCGAGAAGCGCAUGGCGGAGAAGCAGGCCCGAGGCUCGGCCGCCUCGCAGGAGAGCCGGGACGGGCUGCCCGAGGAGGAGGCUCUCCGGCCCCAGCUGGACCUGCAGGCCUCCAAAAAGCUGCCGGACGUCUACGGCAACCCACCCCGAGAGCUCCUUGGGGAGCCCCUGGAGGACCUGGACCCCUUCUAUAGCACCCAGAAGACCUUCAUCGUGCUGAACAAAGGCAAGACCAUCUUCCGGUUCAGUGCCACCAACGCCUUGUAUGUCCUCAGUCCCUUCCACCCCAUCCGGAGAGCAGCCGUGAAGAUUCUGGUUCAUUCGCUCUUCAGCAUGCUCAUCAUGUGCACCAUCCUGACCAACUGCGUGUUCAUGGCGCAGCACGACCCUCCCCCCUGGACCAAGUAUGUCGAGUACACCUUCACGGCCAUUUACACCUUUGAGUCUCUGGUCAAGAUACUGGCUCGAGGCUUCUGCCUGCAUGCCUUCACCUUCCUCCGGGACCCCUGGAACUGGCUGGACUUCAGUGUCAUUGUCAUGGCAUACACAACUGAAUUUGUGGACCUGGGCAAUGUCUCAGCUUUACGCACCUUCCGCGUCCUCCGGGCCCUGAAAACUAUAUCAGUCAUUUCAGGCCUGAAGACCAUCGUGGGGGCCCUGAUCCAGUCUGUGAAGAAGCUGGCCGACGUGAUGGUCCUCACGGUCUUCUGCCUCAGCGUCUUCGCGCUCAUCGGCCUGCAGCUCUUCAUGGGCAACCUGAGGCACAAGUGCGUGCGCAACUUCACGGAGCUCAACGGCACCAACGGCUCCGUGGAGGCCGACGGCCUGGUCUGGGAAUCGCUGGACGUCUACCUCAACGAUCCAGAAAACUACCUGCUCAAGAACGGCACCUCUGAUGUGCUACUGUGUGGGAACAGCUCUGACGCUGGGUCAUGCCCUGAGGGCUACCGGUGCCUGAAGGCAGGUGAGAACCCCGACCACGGCUACACCAGCUUCGACUCCUUCGCCUGGGCCUUCCUUGCGCUCUUCCGCCUAAUGACGCAGGACUGCUGGGAGCGCCUCUACCAGCAGACCCUGAGGUCCGCGGGGAAGAUCUAUAUGAUCUUCUUCAUGCUCGUCAUCUUCCUGGGCUCCUUCUACCUGGUGAACCUGAUCCUGGCUGUGGUCGCCAUGGCCUACGAGGAGCAAAACCAAGCCACCAUCGCUGAGACGGAGGAGAAGGAAAAACGAUUCCAGGAGGCCAUGGAGCUGCUCAAGAAAGAGCAUGAGGCCCUCACCAUCAGGGGUGUGGACACCGUGUCCCGCAGCUCCUUGGAGAUGUCUCCGCUGGCCCCAGGAACCACCCACGAGACCAGGAGCAAAAGGAGAAAACGAUUGUCUUCGGGGACCGAAGAGUGUGGGGAUGACAGGUUCCCCAAGUCGGACUCGGAGGAUGGUCCCAGAGCAAUGAAUCAUCUCGGCAUCACCCACGGCUUCAGCCGGACCUCCGUGAAGUCACGUUCCAGGCGUGGGAGUAUUUUCACCUUUCGCCGGCGAGACUUGGGUUCCGAGACAGAUUUUGCAGACGACGAAAACAGCACGGCAGGGGACAGCGAGAGCCACCGGACGUCCCUGCUGGUGCCCUGGCCCCUGCGCCGGCCUAGCACCCAGGCACAGCCCAGUCCCGGGACCUCAGCUCCCAGCCACGCCCUCAAUGGCAAAAGGAACAGCGCCAUAGAUUGCAACGGGGUGGUCUCCUUGCUGGGGGCAGGUGAGCCUGAGGCCACCUCCCCAGGGAGCGGCCUCCUGCGCCCUGUGAUGCCGGAGCACCCCCUGGACACGACCACUCCGUCGGAGGAGCCGGGCCGGCCCCAGACGCUGACGCCCCAGGCUCCGUGUGUGGAUGGCUUCGAGGGGCCGGGAGAGCGGCAGCGGGCCCUCAGCGCAGUCAGCGUCCUCACCAGCGCGCUGGAAGAGCUGGAGGAGUCCCACCGCAAGUGUCCGCCCUGCUGGAACCGCUUCGCCCAGCACUACCUGAUCUGGGACUGCUGCCCGCUGUGGAUGUCCAUUAAGCAGAAAGUGAAGUUCAUGGUCAUGGACCCAUUUGCGGACCUCACCAUCACCAUGUGCAUCGUGCUUAACACGCUCUUCAUGGCGCUGGAACACUACAACAUGACGACUGAAUUCGAGGACAUGCUGCAGGUCGGAAACCUGGUCUUCACGGGGAUCUUCACAGCAGAGAUGACCUUCAAGAUCAUCGCCCUCGACCCCUACUACUACUUCCAGCAGGGCUGGAACAUCUUCGACAGCAUCAUCGUCAUCCUCAGCCUCAUGGAGUUGGGCCUGUCCCGCAUGGGCAACCUGUCGGUGCUGCGCUCCUUCCGCCUGCUGCGCGUCUUCAAGCUGGCCAAAUCAUGGCCCACCCUGAACACACUCAUCAAGAUCAUCGGGAACUCAGUGGGGGCGCUGGGGAACCUGACGCUGGUGCUGGCCAUCAUCGUGUUCAUCUUCGCCGUGGUGGGCAUGCAGCUGUUCGGCAAGAACUACUCCGAGCUGAGGCACCGCAUCAGCGACUCCGGCCAGCUGCCCCGCUGGCACAUGAUGGACUUCUUCCAUGCCUUUCUCAUCAUCUUCCGCAUCCUCUGUGGCGAGUGGAUCGAGACCAUGUGGGACUGCAUGGAGGUGUCUGGGCAGUCACUGUGCUUGCUGGUCUUCUUGCUCGUCAUGGUCAUUGGCAACCUUGUGGUCCUGAACCUCUUCCUGGCGCUGCUGCUCAGCUCCUUCAGUGCGGACAACCUCACGGCCCCCGACGAGGACGGGGAGAUGAACAACCUCCAGCUGGCCCUGGCACGGAUCCAGCGGGGCCUGCGCUUCCUCAAGCGGGCCACCUGGGACUUCUGCUGUGGCCUCCUGCAGCGGCGGCCUCAGAAGCCCGCCGCCCUGGCCGCCCAGGGCCAGCUGCCCAGCUGCAUCGCCGCCUCCAGCUCCCCACCGCCCGCAGACGCAGAGAAGGCACCUCCGGCCCGCAAGGAGACACGGUUCGAGGAGGGCCAGCGGCCAGGCCAGGGCACCCCUGGGGAGCCGGAGCCCGUGUGCGUGCCCAUCGCCGUGGCCGAGUCAGACACAGAUGACCAAGAGGAGGAUGACGAGGAGAACAGCCUGGACACGGACGAAGAGUCCAGCAAGCAGCAGGAACCCCAGCCUGUGUCUGCUGGCCCAGAGGCCCUCCCGGAGCCCAAGGCCUGGAGCCAGGAGUCGGAGACCGCCUCCUCCGAGGCCCAGGCCGGCGAGGCUCCGGCAGACUGGCGGCAGCAGCAGCAGCGGAAAGCGGAACCCCGGGCCCCAGGGUACAGUGAGACGCACGAGGACAGUCUCUCCGAGGGGAGCACAGCAGACAUGACCAACACCGCCGACCUCCUGGAGCAGAUCCCCGACCUCGGCGAGGAUGUCAAGGACCCAGAGGACUGCUUCACUGAAGGCUGUGUCCAGCGCUGUCCCUGCUGUGCUGUGGACACCACGCAGGCCCCCGGGAAGGUCUGGUGGCGACUGCGCAAGACCUGCUACCGCAUCGUGGAGCACAGCUGGUUCGAGACGUUCAUCAUCUUCAUGAUCCUGCUCAGCAGCGGAGCGCUGGCCUUCGAGGACAUCUACCUGGAGGAACGGAAGACCGUCAAGGUUCUGCUCGAAUAUGCCGACAAGAUGUUCACCUACGUCUUCGUGCUAGAGAUGCUGCUCAAGUGGGUGGCCUAUGGCUUCAAGAAGUACUUCACCAACGCCUGGUGCUGGCUGGACUUCCUCAUUGUGGACGUCUCGCUGGUCAGCCUGGUGGCCCACACCCUGGGCUUUUCUGAGAUGGGCCCCAUCAAGUCGCUGCGGACCUUGCGGGCACUCCGACCCCUGCGCGCCCUGUCACGAUUUGAGGGCAUGCGGGUGGUGGUCAAUGCCCUGGUGGGCGCCAUCCCGUCCAUCAUGAACGUGCUGCUCGUCUGCCUCAUCUUCUGGCUCAUCUUCAGCAUCAUGGGCGUGAACCUCUUCGCAGGGAAGUUUGGGAGGUGCAUCAACCAGACGGAGGGGGACCUGCCUUUAAACUACACCGUCGUGAACAACAAGAGUGACUGUGAGUCCUUCAACAUGACCGGCGAGUUGUACUGGACCAAGGUGAAGGUCAACUUUGACAACGUGGGGGCUGGGUACCUGGCCCUUCUGCAGGUGGCAACGUUUAAAGGCUGGAUGGACAUUAUGUAUGCAGCUGUGGACUCCAGGGGGUACGAAGAGCAGCCCCAGUGGGAAUACAACCUCUACAUGUAUAUCUACUUUGUCGUGUUCAUCAUCUUCGGGUCUUUCUUCACCCUGAACCUUUUCAUCGGUGUCAUCAUCGACAACUUCAACCAACAGAAGAAAAAGUUAGGGGGCCAGGACAUCUUCAUGACAGAGGAACAGAAGAAAUACUACAACGCCAUGAAGAAGCUGGGUUCCAAGAAGCCGCAGAAGCCCAUCCCCCGGCCCCUGAACAAGUACCAGGGCUUCAUAUUCGACAUCGUGACCAAGCAGGCCUUUGACGUCAUCAUCAUGUUUCUCAUCUUGUUGAAUAUGGUGACCAUGAUGGUGGAGACCGAUGACCAGAGCCCUGAGAAGGUCAACAUCUUGGCCAAGAUCAACCUGCUCUUCGUAGCCAUCUUCACGGGCGAGUGUAUCAUCAAGAUGGCCGCCCUGCGGCACUACUACUUCACCAACAGCUGGAACAUCUUCGACUUCGUGGUUGUCAUCCUCUCCAUCGUGGGCACUGUGCUCUCUGACAUCAUCCAGAAGUACUUCUUCUCCCCAACGCUCUUCCGAGUCAUCCGCCUGGCCCGAAUCGGCCGUGUCCUCAGGCUCAUCCGCGGGGCCAAGGGGAUCCGCACGCUGCUCUUUGCCCUCAUGAUGUCCCUGCCUGCCCUCUUCAACAUCGGGCUGCUGCUCUUCCUCGUCAUGUUCAUCUACUCCAUCUUCGGCAUGGCCAACUUCGCUUAUGUCAAGUGGGAAGCUGGCAUCGACGAUAUGUUCAAUUUCCAGACCUUCGCCAACAGCAUGCUGUGCCUCUUCCAGAUCACCACGUCGGCCGGCUGGGACGGUCUCCUCAGCCCCAUCCUCAACACGGGGCCCCCCUACUGCGACCCCAAUCUGCCCAACAGCAAUGGCUCCCGGGGGAACUGUGGGAGCCCGGCCGUGGGCAUCCUCUUCUUCACCACCUACAUCAUCAUCUCCUUCCUCAUCGUGGUCAACAUGUACAUCGCCAUCAUCCUGGAGAACUUCAGUGUGGCCACGGAGGAGAGCACGGAGCCCCUGAGCGAGGACGACUUCGACAUGUUCUAUGAGAUCUGGGAGAAGUUCGACCCCGAGGCCACCCAGUUCAUUGAGUACUCGGCCCUGUCCGACUUCGCCGAUGCCCUGUCGGAGCCGCUGCGGAUCGCCAAGCCCAACCAGAUAAGCCUCAUCAAUAUGGACCUGCCCAUGGUGAGCGGGGACCGUAUCCACUGCAUGGACAUCCUCUUCGCCUUCACCAAGAGGGUCCUGGGGGAGUCUGGAGAGAUGGACGCCCUGAAGAUCCAGAUGGAGGAGAAGUUCAUGGCUGCCAACCCAUCCAAGAUCUCCUACGAGCCCAUCACCACCACGCUGCGGCGCAAGCACGAGGAGGUAUCGGCCACGGUCAUCCAGCGGGCCUUCCGGCGGCACCUGCUGCAGCGCUCCGUGAAGCACGCCUCCUUCCUCUUCCGCCAGCAGGGAGGCAGCAGCGGCCUCUCCGAAGAGGACGCCCCUGAGAAAGAGGGCCUCAUCGCCUGCAAGAUGAACGAGAACUUCUCCCGGCGCCUCGGCCCGCCCUCCAGCUCCUCCAUCUCCUCGACAUCCUUCCCGCCUUCCUAUGACAGCGUCACCAGGGCCACCAGCGACAACUUCCAGGUGCGGGUGUCCGACUACAGCCACAGCGAGGAUCUCGCAGACUUCUCCCCAUCCCCAGACAGGGACCGAGAGUCCAUCGUGUGAGCCCCGCCCCGGCUGGCCAGGACACACUGAAAGGCAGCCCGUUGCCUCGAGGCAAACCCAAGCGCAGCCACAAACCAGCAUCCGCUGGGCCUUGCUUGCUUUGGGCUUCAGGGAUGAGAGAGGAGCCUCAGCCCCGUGGAUGGAAGAGGCCGAGUUCUGUGGCACCCAUGUUGGUGGCCGGGAGCAGGUGGCCGAGCCGACCACUAGGGGCGCCCUGUCCCUGGAGGCCCCACACAGACCAGUGGCCAGGUCUGGCCAGGCAACACGCUGGGCCUCGGAGAAGCAACUCACCCCAGCUGUUGGGCAAAAUAUAAAACCGAGACUGUAUAUGUUGUGAAUGGGCUUUCAUAAAUUUAUUAUAUUUGAUAUUUUUUUACUUGAGCAAAAAAAAACUAAUGUUUUUUCCGUGGAUGUCGGCAGCAACGCACACUGCCCCUUCUGGACUCUGAACAAGGCUGGCUGUGCAGCGGCCGCGGCCCUGUUCUCCGAGCAGAAGUGGAACCCGGCGUGGCUCCCACAGGCCUUCUGCGUGGCUCCAGGGGCAGAAAGGGGCCCCCCUGCCACUUGGGCCCAGGUGCCAGCAGGGCUGAACCCCUUUUCUCAUGCACACGUGUGCACACACGCUCACACACACACAGGCCAGCACUGGCCCCCCCGUCGAGUGUGUCAGGCAGCCACCCUGCCCCAGUCCCUGCGGGUGGGGGUCUUGUCAGCAGGGGCUCCCUCCGGCCUCCCAUUGUCCCCCAGGUCCUGUUUCCCGCCUGUGUUUUUUAGGCAGGCCCUACGAGGGUCAGUUCUACAGAAUGAAAAGGCUUCCAGGAGAGAGUUGCCGGGGUCCCAGGGCUGGUCCGAGGCACUGAAGUUGCCUUGUCUUUCCAGAAGAGCUCGGCCCUCUGUAAACGAGUAUUAACGUAACACUGAAGGGCCUGAGGGAGCCAGGCCACGCGCGGCCUGGCACCCGGCUUAUUCCUGCUGCCGAACCCAUCAUAGCCUGCCCCGCUGGCCAGGAAGAAGACUGAGCACCCCGGGGUGGGGGCCAAGAAGCUCGACAGCCCCUAGCCCCUCUGAAGAAAGGACCCUGUUAUCAUCUCCGGAACUCUCUGCUCUAACUAUGGGAGCGACGGGAGCCCCACAUGGUCCCCAGCUCCUCUCCAGAUGCAGCAGCAUGGGCGUAGGGAGGACAGCUUGGGUCCUGUGCAGGGGAGGGGCCUCGGAGGGGCCAGGCCCUGUUCCUGUGCCCUGGGAGGGGGAUGGACCGUGGGACCCCUUGGGAAGGGAGUCGAGUGGCCUUGCACCAGCCCCUUGGGCUCAGCUCCGGGUCCUGGUGACACCUGCACCCAGGACCCCCUGGAGGAGGGUCCAGGCUGUCCCACAGGUCUUGUGAGAAGGCUUUUUCAGGGAAAACCACUUUUUCUAGUACAGUUCCCCCAGGGGCCUCUUCAGCUGCUGACAAUCCUAUUUAGCAUAUGCAAAUCUUUUAAUGUAGAGAACUGUCACCCUGAGAGUGACAGCGUUGGCUGCUGGAGCCAGAGCAGGCUGGAGCUCGGCUGCCCGAUUCCAGCUCCCCAGCAAGGCUGCCUUCCUCCAGGCCACCCAACCUCACCUCCCGGGCAGCCCAGGCAGCCGGAAGCCGGCUGUUCCUCACCUACCUCGCCGAGCUGCCCGAGGGCUGGACGUUCUGAGCUCCUGGCAGUGCUGACGGCAUUGCCAGUGAGUAAAGUAUUACAUUUCCUCCUGUCACCUCGAGUUCCCGCGGUGGCUCCCCCAGCCCCCACCCCACCGCACCCCCGUGAUUUCUCUUCUCCCUAACGUGUUCCCUUUUGAGUCCAGUGUGGGGCGUGGUUUUCACUGUCCCAGUGACACUUCUCCGAGUGGAAAUCUUAUUUUUGUAGAUCUCUGUGCUUUGCUCUCAAGGCUUGGAGCGGCGUGCGCCCUCCCUGCGCUCAGCACGCUGCACGGACAGGAAUGUGACCUGGGAGGAGGCCGGGCCGCCAGCCCAGCUGGCCGGAAGGAGGCUGGAGUUGUGUGGACAGCCCGGGAGCCCUGAGACAGGUGCCCGGGGCUGGCUGCUGACAGCGCCAGUGGCUGCGGACGGCGUGGUCGAGGGCAGGGACCAGCUGGACCUGACUCCUUAGCUUUUAGGGUGGUUGUCUCCUUUUUUUUUUUCUAGAACUGCACAAUGACCAGCAGGAAGGGAAAAGCGUGGAGGAAAAAGGAGGGAGGGACAAGCACCCAGUGCCAGCUGUUGUCUGAACUAAUCGAGCACUUCUCACCAAACUUCGUGUAUAAAUAAGAUACAUAUUUUUAAAACAAACCAAUAAAUGGCUUACGUGA